AUGGCAGAACUAUCCUCGAAUUGGAAGAAGCUGCAAGCUAAAUUGAAAACUGAGUCUGCCGCCAAGCCCUCUCUGAAGCGAAAGCCGACAGAAUCAACACAAUCAGCCCCCAAAAGAGCAAAGAAAGCCCAAGCAACAGCUCAGAAAUCAUCCAAAAAACUAGUACCCAAAACCAAAAACAAAGCAAACCGUAAUCAUCAGCCCAUGGGUGCAGUUCAAAGCACCAGGAUUGAGCAAGAGCCAAAACUUGGCGUAUCUCCCUCCCUGGCACUAUGGGCUGCGGACAACGACAUAUCCGCUGAGGCGUUGGCUGAGGCGUAUGACCUCGGGGUCAAAGGCCAUUCCAUGAUGGCCCCCGGUACAAAGGAUAGGGUUAAUCACGGUCUUACGGAAGGGGUCGACAUAGGCAAAUACGUUGCCCUUGAUUGCGAAAUGGUAGGAGUCGGCCCUGGAGGCUAUGAGUCUGCCUUGGCACGUGUUAGUAUCGUCGACUUCCAUGGCAAGCAAGUAUAUGAUUCAUACGUCAAGCCAAAGGAGAGGGUUACGAACUGGAGGACCGAGGUAAGCGGCAUCAGCACGAAGGAGAUGAGAUUCGCACGGGACUUCGAGGAAGUUCAGAAAGAUGUCGACGCUAUUCUUCAAAACCGCAUACUGGUUGGUCAUGAUAUCAAGCACGACCUUGAGGCUCUUAAACUACCUCAUCCACCACGAGACAUUAGGGAUACUGCCAAAUACCCGCCUUUCAGAAAAUACGGCAAUGGGAGAAAACCUUCCCUACGAAACUUGGCCCAGGAAAUCUUAAGCAUAGAGAUUCAAAGCGGUGCACAUUCAAGUGUUGAAGAUGCUCGAGUCGCCAUGCUUCUGUUCCGUAAACACAAACCUGGGUUUGAUGUCGAUCAUGCAAACCGGUAUCCGACAGUUCAGAAAGGGAAAGGAGGCACCGGAGCAAAAGGGAAAAGGCCAAAAUCCAAGCGGAAAGCAUGA